AUGGAAAGUGACACUGCAAUGACCACGAACGACAUUAGUCGCCUCACAUUGGAGCUUCGUGAGAGGGACCGUGCCACUAUUGCAGACCUCCGUAAAGAAGUCCUUCGCCUCACUGCAGAGCUGCAGGAUAAACAGUCACUCGUGUCCAAACUUUUUGAUGUCGCUGGCGGGCAGCACUCACGGCUUAUGUCACUGAGCGCUGCAUACUGUGACACUGUCGUGUGGGAGAGGUCUGUCAGCUCUGGGCCCUCUUGCUCUACACCUAAGUGCCCGGUUCGGAAUAAAGAGCCUGCGGACUGCGAGGAGCCAUCCAGCGCCGUGGCCCAUGUGCUGAGCCUUUCAAACCGCUAUGCAGCCCUCUCCGCUGACAUCCCAGCCCCCUCAGCAGAACCCCUGGACUCUGCAGCAAACUCUACUGCUGUCCGUGGAUCCAGUGCAUCACCACCGCUUACCUUCACCGGGUCAGCAGCAGCGACCCGAGCCUGCUCCUCUCGCUGCUCCACGUCUCCGUGCACACAGCGUGGGUUGCCCGGAGCUGGGAAUCAACACCCCCGCUCCCCUCCAUGUGUUCAGCAGCGCCCUGGUUCGGACCCAUCCCUGGAUGAGCCCGCUGGUUCCGGCCAUGGACACCGAGCGCCCUCUCCGCGGCUACGUCCACUCUUCGCCCCGACUACUUUGAUUGUUGGAGAUUCCAUCGUGAGGCACGUCCGCUUUUUUAACGCGGUCACUCACUGCAUUACUGGAGCUACUGUCCCAGAUCUGCUCAUCCGUCUCCCUCCUCUGCUUCAGUCCCUGCCUGAUACCAUUUCAAAGGUAAUCGUGCAUGUGGGGAUCAACGACAUGAAGCUGCAGCAGUCCGAGGUCACAAAGAAGCAUUUUAUGGAUCUAUUCCGCCUCCUCCAGUCCUCUGGGUUGUGUGUUUUUAUCUCUGGUCCAGUCCCGACUGUAAACCGGGGAGAUUGCUUGUACAGUCGCGUUGUGGCGCUGAAUAUGUGGCUCCAGUCUGCAUGCAGCACUUUUAACUUUGUUUUUGUGAACAACUUUGGCCUGUUCUGGAAGCGUCACGUGGCCUAUCGUCCAGACGUGCUCCCCGAGGGGGGCGUGACUGUUUACAUCCGAGGCCCCUCGGCCCCCACUACCACCUUCCUCCUCCACUCCAGCACCGGGUGA